AAGCCAAGCUAAGCUCGACCAAUCACUAUGGAUAUUGCCAUCCAGCACCCCUGGUUCAGACGUGCCAUGAGCUCUGCCUACCCUGCCCGACUCUUCGACCAGUUUUUUGGAGAGGGCAUGUUCGACUACGACCUCUUCCCCUACACUGCCUCCACCAUCAGCCCUUAUUACAGACAGUCGCUGUUCCGCAGCUUUUUGGAUUCCUCCAGCUCCGGCAUUUCUGAGGUGAGGUCCGACAGGGAUAAGUUCACAGUCUACCUGGACGUCAAGCACUUCUCUCCCGAUGACCUCAGCGUGAGGAUCUGCGAUGACUACGUGGAGAUCCUGGGCAAGCAUGGAGAAAGACAGGAUGACCACGGAUACAUUUCUCGUGAGUUUCACCGCCGCUAUCGCCUCCCCGCAAGUGUUGACCAAUCAGCAAUCACCUGCACCCUGUCAACUGAUGGUCUGCUGACUCUGACCGGGCCAAAGGUCAUCGGGGGGAGUGAAUCCGGCCGCAGCGAGCGCAGCAUCCCCGUCACCCGUGACGACAAGCCCAACGCUGCUGCCUCCUCCUAGAGGCCGAGCGAUGCUGGAAGGCGCCUGGCCCUCCUACAGCCCGCAUCGACAGGGAUGGAUGACCACAGAAUCUCUAUCCUCCACCCUUUGGCUUCUUCCUCCUCUCCCUUUCCCUUAGAGGAUAUCUGUGUCCUCCUCACUUCACUUUCUCCUCUGUAGUUUCUUCUUAGCGCACAUUAGUAUCAUUGUUUGAGAUUAAUCGAAACUCUUCCAGUGAGGAUGGUUAAGUGAGGGGCGGCUGGACUUUUUAAGGAGAAAACUCAUCGAAGGACGAGACAUUAACACGACCUGAUGCUUCAUUCUGCAGAUUGUUGUUGAUCUGUGUCGGAGCGAGCCCUCUGACACUACAGAUCGCUGGGGUUAAGCUUGGUGGUAAAUGUCACACAUUGGCUUGUCCCAGAUUUCCCAUCAGUGAAGUUCUCUGAGGCCCUGGCUACUUCCAUUCUUGUGCUGACUCUUUGAACCCUCUC